UUUCAAGGUGACCUUCAGGCGCCAGGAGGACUGAGGCGCAUGCGCAGAGCGGUCUGCCUCCUAAAAUGGCGGCCGCCAGGGCUUCAGCGCUGCUAAUUGGGGCUGCUGCGGGCCGUUUGGCUCUCUGCGCGGCUCAUAAGAAGCCCUUCUGGCUCCAGAAAAUACCCAGCUCAUCCCCCCUGCUAUCCAAACAAUUGCCUUUCCACCUUUACAGCACAGAGGUCAGCCAAGAUGGAUCCACAGAGCCCAUUGCUUUUGACACAGAAUCACGUUUUAAAGACAAGCCAUGGGAGUACCUGGAGAGUGAAGAAUACAUAGAACGAUAUGGCAGCAAACCUGUCUGGUUUGGCUACAGGCGUAAUCACAAGGGUCCAAUUCCACCGCAGAAGACACGGAAGACUUGCAUUAGAGGGACACAUGUAUGUGGGAACCCCUGCCCCAUCUGUAGAGACCAAAACCUUUUUCUGGAUUAUCGGAAUGUGAAGCUCCUGGAACAGUUUAUCUGUCCCUAUUCAGGUGUCAUCUAUCACCCAACACACACAGGUGUUUGCAUGAAGAAAUACAAGCUACUGACCAAAGCUAUUCAACAGGCUCGAGAGAAUGGCCUUUUAUUCUUCUCCAUCCCCUUUGUGAGUUUCCAAUAUGACGAUUUCAGCAACCAACAUCCAGCUGUCACUAAGACUGCACCAUCUCCAGCUCUUCAGAGCAAAGCUGCAUGGUAUGAGUGGUAUGAAUGGCAUCAGCCCCCAGAAAAGGAAAUUAAACGGAUCAGGAGGAUUUACAAGGACUACCUGAAGGAGGAGAGCGGCCCUCCUUGAAUCUAUCAAGUAACAAUGGACAGAAUUAAACAUUUCUUCGGGGAUAUAAUCACCCCUAAAAAUCCUGUGAAGGGAGAUUCAUCUGUGAUGGUGGCUGCCCUGUUUUCUCAUCUCUUGUGUUUUCUGAGUCAAUAAAGUGAAAGGUCCUCUCAGUGA